AUGAGUAAAUAAUUGCUAAAAGAAUAAAUUAAAUUUGGUCAAUGUGAUCCACAGCUCUUCAAAUAAUUAAAAAUAGUGGAUAAUAUCGAAAGUGAUGUUGCAUUUCAAUUAUUAUCUAAAAGAGCAAUUUUAAUAGAGAUUAAAAAAGAUAAAACUUUAAACAUUGAAAAUCUAUAUUAUUAUAAAUUGCUACUUGGAGAUAUUGUUUUUAGAGAUAAUUAAAUUAUUGCAUUACAAAAUAGUGAUGUAAUUCUAAUUAAUAAAGAGUUGAUUGAAUAUUUUUAAUAAGAAGAAAGGAUAAAAAAGAUUGAAAAUUUUAUAAACAUUCUAUUAGAAAUAAAUAUAUUCAAAGGUUUGAGUUAUUAUCAAUUGAAAUAGUUAGUCAAAGAGUGUGUUCAUAUAAACCUUAACGAAAAUCGCAAGUUAUUUAAUUAAGGGGAAAUACCAACAGAUGCUUUUAUUCUUAUAAAAGGAUAAUUGUAACUGUUUAAAAGUACAGAAGGUAUUGAACUAGUUUUUAGUCAGAAUAGAAAUCAUUUUGCAAUCUACGAAUGUAUGAACUCAAAACCUAUAUAAUUUAAUGUGAUUACUAAGUCAGAAUGCUCUUUAAUAAAAAUCAAUAGAAAAACAUUAUUAAAAUUUGAAUAAGAUCUUAAAGUGAAAAAAGAGAUAAAUAUUGAUUUGAAUGAAUUUAAAUCGGAAAUCUUUAGAAAAAAAGAAUAGUAGAAAUUUAAAAAAAGUAAGUGAUUAUGAAAAAUUUAAUAGAAGUAUUAGAGGAAGUGAGUAGGGAUUUGAAGAGAAGAGGAUAAUUACCUAAACUAAGAAAUUAAAGUUAUUAUUGA